CCGGCGUCAGAGGCAUCAGGACGCCUCUUUCUCACUUCACAUAAUCACUACUCACUCAAUUCACCACUAAACCCGCGUGUGACAAUAAAAUGUGACAAACGACUAAAUUAAAAGUGCUCGGACAUUUAUUUUUAAUCCCGUGUUUAAUUAAACUCGACCGAAAUGAGACUGUGUGGGACUUUGCGUGCUGCGUGAUGCUUAAUCUAAUCGAAAAACACUGUGAUUAGUUGUUAACAUAAAUGUCUGCGAUUUAGAGACUUUGGCGGCAUGAUUUUCGGACGAUUCCUCGCAGGGGUGCUACUCAUAGCCCAAGUUGCAGCCUACCACCACACCAGCCAACAACCACCCCGAAUCACCGAACACCCAGUAGACACGACAGUGGCCCGACACGAACCUGCCACUCUCAACUGUCACGCUUCCGGUGAACCGGAACCCACCAUCACCUGGUUCAAAGACGGAAUGACGUUGAGGACGGCACCGCAGGAUGCAAGAUCGCAUCGAGUCCUGCUACCUGCUGGAAAUUUGUUCUUCUUGCGAGUGGUGCAAAGCAGGAAGGAAUCGGAUGCUGGAGUGUACUGGUGCGAGGCUAGCAAUGCCCUAGGGAAGGCUAGGAGCAGGAAUGCGACCCUCACUGUUGCAGUUUUACGAGACGAGUUCAGGCUGGAGCCCCAGAGCACGAGAGUGGCAGCAGGGGAGGAUAUCGUGAUGGAGUGCGCCCCACCGAGGGGCACACCUGAGCCACAAGUUUUCUGGCGCAAGGAUGGACAUACGCUGGAUGUCGAAGGGAGGCUCAAACUGGUCGAUGGGUCGAAUCUUGCCAUCACUGAUACCAAACCAAACGACGACGGGAGGUACCAAUGCGUGGCGAAGAACACGGCGGGGGUGAGGGAGUCGGCGGUGGCCAUCCUGAAGGUCUAUGUGAAACCUUUUCUGAUUAAGUCCCCCGAAGACAAAACGGCGCUCGUGGGGUCCACUGUGGACUUCGCUUGCGCCGUGGGGGGCGACCCUUUGCCCGACGUGCUCUGGCGGCGCAACGCCCCCGGUGGUACCAUGCCCCUGGGCCGUGUCCGAGUCCUCGAAGACCGCACCCUCCGCCUCGAACGAAUCACCCUUCUCGACCAAGGCCGCUACACCUGCGAGGCCGACAACUACGCGGGGGCUAUCACCGCCACCGCCUUCCUCACAGUCCACGCACCCCCGACUUUCACCACCCGACCUCUAGCACAAACUGUCGAAUCAGGCCGUGAUGUUUCCUUCCAUUGCAACGUCGAGGGGAGCCCCAAACCGUUCAUUUUUUGGUCUUUUGAGGGUGACCGAACCUUAAUCUACCCUGGAACGUCCUCGGGAAACUACCAAGCACUCACAACUGACGGGAAAUCAACCCUGACGCUGAAAAACGCCCAACCUCAAAACUCCGGAACGGUUAUUAUAUGUUCGGCGGUUAAUGCCGCCGGUUCGGCCUCCACCCGGACUCGGUUAACGGUCACAUCACGUGAGGAACGACCGCCUCCGGUGAUAAUCCGGGGGCCGGUCAACCAAACUCUUCCGAUCAACUCCGUGGCGUUUCUUUCGUGUGAAGCAACCGGAAAUCCGACUCCGGUGAUAUCCUGGUACAAGGAGAGUCUUCCAGUUGCAUCCUCUGACCGGAUUAAUGCCACUAAUCCCGGAUUGGUGGAAAUCCACAAUUUACACAAAGACGAUUCCGGACUCUACACAUGUGUAGCAUCCUCCCGGAGCGGUAAAGCUACCUGGAGUGGCCAUCUUCUCGUCGAAAACCCCAAAAAUCCCAAUAUUAAUUUUUUCAAAGCUCCGGAAGCUAUCAUGCUUCCGGGACCUCCAAGCCGGCCACAUGCUCUCAACCAAUCAGAGGGCAGUGUCACGAUCACGUGGGGUCAAAACAAUAAAAUCGGCUCGUCGAGCCUACUAGGAUAUCAAAUCGAAUUGUUUGGGCGUGAGGAGGGGGUUACUCCGACUUGGACUGUGGUCGCAAGACGGGUUCAGGGCCCCACGUAUACCCAACAUUUGUUAAGUCCGGAGGUACCAUAUACUUUUUUGGUACGGGCCGAAAAUGGGCAUGGGUUAGGCCCACCGUCGCAAUUAUCCGAUAUAAUCAUAGUCGGCCCUGACACGACCCAGAAUUGGGGAAACCCCGAAGUGACAGUGUUGAGCGAAGCGAGAGCAAGUCUUGUCAAAGGUGAUAUAGUUCGGUUGACAGAAGCGAUUCCUGUUUUAUCAACUGCGAUUAAACUAGUCUGGGAAAUACUCGAUGCACAAUAUGUUGAAGGCCUCUACAUUUAUUAUGUGACUCUAGACGGCCCCCCUGAUCUUCCUAGACCCUAUAGCAUGUUGACAGUUCUUCACACUGGAGGUUCGUCAAGUUUUACUGUCAAUAAUUUAGAAAAGUGGUCACGUUAUGAAUUCUUCCUUGUGCCUUUUUACAAGACUGUUGAAGGACAACCUUCCAAUUCUCGUACUGUCCGGACUUUAGAAGACGUGCCUGUUGAAGCUCCAACAUCCAUGGAAGCUUUACUCCUCAAUUCGACCGCUGUUUAUUUAAAAUGGAAGCCUCCACCCCUUGAAACCCUCAAUGGGGACCUCCAAGGCUUCAAAAUCGAGAUUAAAGCAAACGGAACCGGAAAUAUCGACACAGUGACAGUUGGUACGACCCCCACCCUCCUUUUAGGGAAUUUAACGGCGGGGAUUUCAUACAAUGUGAGAGUGGCAGCAUCGACCAGAGCCGGCUUAGGCCCAUUUAGCGCCGCUGCCAUCCUGCGUCUAGACCCAGCAUCAAGAAUGACAGAUCACCACCAACAAAGGCCUAUAGACAUACAAUCUGGGGAUUUUAUCACCGAAACUUGGUUCAUGGCACUACUGAUCAGUAUGGUAUCAGUGAUGGUACUCCUAUUUGGCGCCAUGUUACUAGUCCGGAGACGUCAAAUGUUGUCAAAGAAAACUUUGACACCAAGCAGAUCAAACGGAGGGGUUUUGACAACCCCCUUAGCGUCCAAAACCGAAACCCCUCUAUGGUUAGACAAGGACACACUCCCGGAUUAUUCUAGUACUCUCCCGGAGUAUUCCAAACUGACACCUCAACCGGAAGUCAACCUACACCCCAACCCCCUCCACCAGAAAGAGUACACACGUCCUGACCAUCUCGACUACAGCUCGGAGAAAAACUCCCAAUUGGGCCGCAAGUAUAUGCAAGUCCAGGAGUACGCGAGUCCUAAUUUGGCGGAUUACGCCGAAGUCGACGCUAAUGGACUCAUCUCGCCGGCCCCUUACGCGACUACGACUCUAGUAACAGGGGGGCGCAGGAUGGUGUGGGUGCCCAGUAGCCCCGAAGAGCCCCCUUACCCGUCAAACAACGGCGGUUAUUACAAUCGUAAAGUGUACUCGGAUUCGUAUUUCGCGCCAAAUCAAACAUUACGUCGUACAAAGAAAGACCGCAAAUCGUCCAAUGAGAAUCCUCCCGAUCUCGUGUCGCCCAAUCAGCCGGUGUAUGCGCGUGUAGGCCCGCCCGGCCUGUCAUGGCGCAACGCCACGCCUUCUUUGAGUAGUUUUACGCCACAUAAACAGGUCUAUCAUGCCUCGACGAGGAGUGAGCCUGGCAAUAUGUUGUGAAUUUGAGUGAUUUUGUUGGUUAUUGAAGCAGUAUUAAACUUGUUAAUGUUUUUUGAGAGACUGGGGUUAUUUUUAUUGUCUAGUCAUUUGGGUUCGAGCGUGUGUGUGUCUAGUAAUUGAUCUUGAAAAGGUCGCGUCUAAUCGUCCAUUUUUAAGCUUGGUUCAUAGUUAAACCCGUAAAAUUAUAAUCCUCAUCGAUAUUUAAAUUGUAUAAAAACAUAUCAAGGAGUUAUGUAUAAAUUGUGACUGGUUGUAUAUUUCUUAACUAGACGUAGAGUUAUUUCAGUCCGACGCGGGAAACGAAGGACAAAGUGGCAACACUGUCACCUUGUUAAUAGCCUCCCUCCUUAUCAGGCAUUAUUUUUGCCUCAUUAAAAUUAUCAAAAAUGAAUAAAUACUCAAAAAUAAAUGCAGCGAGGCCACUAUUGCUGAUAAGCACCACAUAAAAUUUCCUUUUUCGGUUAGGUUAAUGCGGCGUUGCCACAUUUUUCCUCGAAAUUGCGUCAAACUCGAAUUCUUUUUUAAUUUCCUUCGUCUUCCUUUGGUUUCUCGAUUGGUUGAUGUAAGAAACAUGCUCAUUAUAUUUUUAUAAAUAACGUGCCAUUGUAUAUGUUAUACCAUGUAUGUACAGUAUUUAAAAGUAAUAAAAUUUUUAAAUGCG